GACAGACAGCAAAGUGCAACCGUCCGAGCAGGAGGUCCGCCGUCGUAUCUCUCUGCCCGCGCGCCGUCGUUCGCUGAUCAAUCAUCAUCAUUGUGGUGUGUCAAGCAAGCAAGCAGUCAGUCGUUUGAUGCUUCUUUGUGUUUUUUCCUGGUGUCUGCCGUGUGGAAAACCGUAGAAGAAUUAAGGUGGCAAUUUGGAAAAUGUUUUCAAUUUGUGGAACCAAUAAUUGAUCGAGUGUGCUGCUGAUUCCGUGCAGAAGCGGUCAGUGUGUCCCCCGCGGGAAGUGUUCCCCCUGGAGGGUAAAGUGAGCAGAUUGUGUGAUUUGGAUUCCGAAGUCGGAGGUUUUUUUUUGUCGUGUGAAGUGGAUCUUGUUGGAAGAGAUACCGGAGGAAUCUCCGGGAGUGUUCUGUGUUCUGGAUUAAGAAGAAACACCCCGCCCCGUCGUCGUCGUGGUUCCCGCGGCCUUCCAUGUGUCAUUCCCGAGGAAGAAGUGCGAAUCAAAAGUGCUCUGCAACACUAUUCUUUGGUCCGGAGAAGUAAAAGGCUAGUUUUUUUUUAGUUCAGUGAAGAAAAGAAAAUCAACACACAUCAUCCGCCGCGGCGAGCCGAGACGAAUACACUCUCGCAGGAAGUGCCCCCGUGUGGAAACGACGAUAUUCUCACAUUCACAUUCAGAGAAGUGUGCCGUGUGCCGUGUUUGUUAGCAGAGCUCCGAUAUCGGGAUUUGGAAUCGGUUCUCUUUGGAUAUCCCACCACAACGACACCAACCAUCAUCGCGUAUCACCAUCAUCAUCAUCAUUGUCAUUGUCGCUGGCCCGCCGUCGUCAUUGAGCGCCGCGCCGCCAACCGAGUAGACUAAGCAGAACCAGCCAGCAGCCAACCAAGAGUAGUAGGGAACCGACGUCGACGACGACGACGAUUACGUCAAAAUGGCGCAUCAAAUGAUGCCCCAGUCGGUGAACUGCUCACUGGACGAUAUCGAUCUGAAUGCACUGAAGGACCCAGCUGGAAUCUUCGAACUGAUCGAAGUGGUCGGAAAUGGAACCUACGGACAGGUUUACAAGGGUCGCCACACAAAGACUGGACAACUCGCUGCCAUUAAGGUGAUGGACGUCACCGAAGAGGAGGAGGAGGAAAUCAAACUGGAGAUCAACGUGCUCAAAAAGUACUCCAACCACCGGAACAUUGCCACAUACUAUGGUGCAUUUAUCAAGAAGACCUCGGCCGGCAAAGAUGACCAGCUGUGGCUGGUCAUGGAGUACUGCGGGGCCGGUUCCGUAACCGAUCUGGUCAAAUCGACCAAAGGCCAGAGCCUGAAGGAGGAAUGGAUAGCGUACAUCUGCCGGGAGAUCCUGCGGGGUCUCAGCUAUCUGCACACGAACAAAGUGAUACACCGGGACAUCAAGGGCCAGAAUGUGCUCCUGACGGACAACGCUGAGGUCAAACUGGUGGACUUCGGCGUGUCGGCACAGUUGGACAAAACCAUCGGUCGGCGGAACACUUUCAUCGGCACCCCGUACUGGAUGGCUCCCGAGGUGAUCGCUUGCGACGAGAAUCGCGACGCCACAUACGACAACCGGUCCGACCUGUGGUCACUGGGCAUCACUGCGCUGGAGAUGGCCGAGUCGCAACCACCCCUAUGUGAUCUGCACCCGAUGCGGGCCCUGUUCCUCAUUCCGCGGAAUCCACCGCCACGACUGAAAUCGAAAAAGUGGUCCAAAAAGUUCCACGGAUUCAUCGAUACGGUGCUAGUGAAAGACUAUCAUCAACGGCCUUACACGGAACAGUUACUGAAGCACCCGUUCAUCAAGGAGCAGCCCACGGAACGGCAGGUGCGGAUACAGCUGAAAGACCAUAUCGAUAGGUGUAAGAAACGCAAACAGGAAAAGGAACGCGAUGACUACCGGUACUCGGGUUCGGAGAACGAGGAAGAGGAACUGCCCACGGCCGGUGAACCGUCGUCGAUCAUUCAGGCCCCCGGUGGGGAUACGCUUCGGCGAAACUUCCAGCAGAUCCAGGAGGGCCGGACGCUGAUGCAGAGUGUCGAACAGCAACAGCAACAACAGCAGCAGCAACAGCAACAACCUCCGCCGAAUGCCAACCGAAAUCAGAAACCGCAACCGCGCGACGACCGAAGUAAACAGCAGUCGGUGGAGGAACCGGGACCUCCGUCGCGGCCAGCACUACCUCAGCGGCUGAUAGUAGUACCGGACCCGCCAACCAACGCCAACGCCAACCGGCCACUACCUCCGACGCCCCGGUCCGGAAACAAUGCAUCAUCCCAGUCACCGUCCCAGCAGCAGCAGCCAUCGUCCCAGCAACCGACGCCCCAGCAACCGCCCCGAAACUCCCAGAACAUCUUCAAACCGAUGCUGCCGCCACGACGACCAGAGGAUUUGGACAUGUUAGCCGCACAACUAAAUGAAUUGGGCGUCUCCCAACAGUCACAGCAAGCGCAGCCGGAAGCCCCACCACGGAACAACCGGCAACAGCAGCAACAACAACAGGUGGCACCACCAUCGUCGCAGCAAUCCGGUGGUGGUGGUGGUGGCGGCAGCAGCAACAGUGGUAAGCCCAUCAUGGGGGUUGCCGCCUCCAACGGGAGCAGCAGCAACGUCAACAACAACAAUAACAACAACCACCACCACGGGCAACCGGUCAACCCGCUGGAUCCGAUCGAGAGCUCCGACUCGGACUCGGAACCGGAAGAACCCAAUGAUCGGGCGCGGAACGACGGUACGCUGCUGGCCAGCGAUCCGCCCAAGCCACUGCCCGGCGGACUGGGAGUACUGGCCGAGUCGGACCAGAACAACCAAUCGUCGACGACCACGCCCGGUGGCGGCAGCAGCAACAGUGGCGUCCUCUCGCCGCCGAGUGGCGGGCCCCCGAACCGGCCGCUGCCACCCACUCCGGACGACGAUGACGCCCAGGGCGACCGGACGCUGAUCAAGAGGUAUCGAGCAGCCGUCAGUUCCUCCGCCCAAUCCACACCCUCCAAGUCCUUCAUCGCUGUUGCGAGCGGUGGCGUCAACCACAACAACAACAACAACAACAUCAAUAUAAAUAAUUUUAACCACCAACAUAGUAGUAGUAACAAUGCCAGCCAUUACCUCGCCCCGCCCAGUGCCGGUGGAACGGCGGGAGGAGAAGGAGGGGGAAGGCCCUCGGGGAACAACAAUUCCUCACCGCACUCGACGGUGUCGAAUUCGUCCUCUUCCUCCCACCAUAACAGCCCCAACCAUUCGAUUAACAUUAGAAACCUAAACAAUCACAACAAACUUCUACAUGGUAGUAGCAAUAAUAACAACAACAACCAUUUACCUUCCUAUCAAAUGAACCAACCAAAUUACCACCACCAUCACCAUCACCACCACCUCCAACAACAACUGUUGCACCACCAACAAUCGCAACCCGCCUCGCUCAACUCCAUCUCGGGUGGUGCGACGACUUCCGGUGGGGCUGCGCCACCAUUGCCCCCGUUUGCACUCGCGCUGCAACAGAAGCAACGAAGUUUCCUCACCUUUGGGUUCAGUGCCGGGUCCGGUGGGUCCGGAGCGGCCCGACGGGAAAGUCACGUCAAUGUGAACGUCACGCCGACGUCACACGAUGCCGCCUCCGACACGCCGGAGAUCCGUAAGUACAAGAAACGCUUCAACUCGGAGAUUCUGUGUGCGGCGCUGUGGGGCGUCAACCUGCUGAUCGGAACCGAAAACGGGCUGAUGCUGCUGGACCGGUCCGGCCAGGGCAAGGUCUACCAGCUGAUAUCGCGAAGGCGAUUCCAGCAGAUGGAGGUGCUAGAAGGACAAAACAUCCUGGUGACCAUAUCCGGCAAAAAGAACCGAGUGCGAGUGUACUACCUGUCCUGGCUGAAGUCCAAAAUCCUCCGGACCGACGGAAUGGGCGAUCAACAAGUCGAACGCCGCAACGGAUGGAUCAACGUGGGCGAUCUGCAGGGGGCGGUCCACUUCAAGAUCGUCAAGUACGAACGGAUCAAGUUCUUGGUCAUUGCGCUCAAGGACUCGAUCGAGAUCUACGCCUGGGCGCCGAAGCCCUACCACAAGUUUAUGGCAUUUAAGAGUUUCGCUGAACUUAUGCACCGCCCACUGCUCGUCGAUCUGACCGUCGAGGAGCAAACGCGACUGAAGGUGAUCUACGGUUCGGCGGAAGGUUUCCACGCGGUUGAUCUCGACUCGGCCAUCGUGUACGACAUCUAUCUUCCUAAACAUACUCAGGGUCCAAUCUCGCCGCAUUGCAUCGUCACGCUGCCCAACUCGAACGGCAUGCAGCUGCUGCUGUGCUACGACAACGAAGGCGUCUACGUCAACACGAUGGGUCGGGUGUCGAAGAACAUCGUCCUGCAGUGGGGCGAGAUGCCGACCUCGGUCGCGUACAUCGGUACCGGCCAGAUCAUGGGCUGGGGCAACAAGGCAAUCGAGAUCCGUUCGGUCGAAACCGGCCACCUGGACGGGGUGUUCAUGCACAAGAAAGCCCAACGCCUCAAGUUCCUGUGCGAGCGGAACGACAAGGUGUUCUUCAGCAGUGCCAAAGGUGGUUCGUCCUGUCAGAUCUACUUCAUGACGCUGAACAAACCCGGUAUGGCCAACUGGUAAACGAUGGUCGGGAUAAACAGAUACAACAUCAUCAAGGGUGUUAUCGGAUUUUGAUGGAAAUAAGGGUGAAUGCGCUGGAGAGAGAGAGAGAAAGGUGAGUGAUCGAGAUCGAGAGCAUGAGCGCAAAAGUGACCGCCAGAUGGCGGUAGCAUUAUUACUCCUAUUAUUAGGCAACACACACACGUGCGCGUGGAAACGCAGAUGCAGACAACGGAUACCCUGUUAGUUAAGGUAAGAAUUGCGUUUCUAAAAGUUUUUCGCGAGCAAGAAGAUGACGACGAAUCAAGCUAGGUGAGCUAGGUCGAACAAUUUAGGAACCGUAAAAUCGGAAAAUCUGCGCCGGAUAGAUGUGAAUCGUGUUUAGUGAAAGCAAGUAUAAAGUCGUAUAUAUUAUAAUUAUACCGUUUAAGAGAGAUAUUGGAAGACCCACCCAGACAACCAGUCAUCGUAUAAGAUGUUGUAUAAGAUGAUAAAGUGGAGGCCUUAUGCGUACAUGCCUCCAUUUAGGCGCAUGUAAAAUAUACGCAUAUCGCCUCCACUUUAACAUCUUAUGCAACAUCUUAUACGAUGACUGGUUGUCUGGGCAUACACGAGUAUCUGACAGUUAUUUUAUCAUUGCACACUAAAGAAAACUUACCGAUUUCUGUGGUAGAAUCCCAACAACCGCAGUCGGUGAAAUUUUUGGUAUGUCUGGGCCGAAAGCUGAAGUUUUUGGGCAUCCCCGCAACUUUCUCUCCACUCGCCAAUUCGUUUGUAAUUUGGCAUUUUGCAAUUGAUAGAUAGCUUAGCGCGGUUUUCUUCUCAACGAUGUCAGUGUGUAAAUAUAAAGUUAUCAUAUCCCUUAGCAAUCUACUUGUGACAAUGGUACCGACGACGCCCGGCACAGUUUGAUGGGCGACACCAAAAUUAGAGGAAGUCUCCCAACUGGCAUGAUUCCGUUUGGCAUAACUCGAAGUAAGUGUACGUGUAGUCUUUGUUCAACUACGUCAUGUCAAAUGGUCUCAUGCCAAAUGGGAUACCACUUCCAUGUCGAUCAAACAAAACAAGUCGAACAAAUAAUGUGAUCAAUUCUAUUUGGGAUUAGUUGCUUUCGGGAUUCACCACAGAACCACAGCAAACCUGACUCCACAGAAUUUUAGUUCGAUUCCAAUUCUGUAUGGGCAGUCAGCUGGAAACGGCGAUCAGAGAGUAGUAUUCGUGGUAAUGGAAACAAUGAAUCGACAGUUAAGUUGACGUCUUGACUCAGAUUUGUAUUAUAUUUUUGUUUGUUUUUUUUUAUAUAUACAUAGAAAUGCUUAUUUUUUAUACAAACGCCCAUACUUUAUGCAUCAGAAUUAUAUUUUUAUUGAUUGUUUCCUAAUUUUUACGAUUGAACAAAAUACGCUCUACUAUUAUAUACUUUCUCGCUUAUAAUCGUGCUGUAUAAAUGAGAUAAGCUGGAUGAUUUAAUUAUGUAUUUGGUGUAUACCUCCCUUAAUCGCUUGUCCGUACACGAACGCGGCGGUCAAGGUUAAGCAUUUUAAUGGAAUUUCUCUCUUUGGAAUCAAGCCAAUUGAUCGUUACGGGUGUUCCGAGUAGAUUUUGCAUAAAUUUCGGUGAAAUUUUCACUCACAUUCGCCUGAAUUCGAGCGUUAUGUGAAAUGACCCACAUUUCCUCGAAACAUUACCCUCGACCCCUAGCAACGAAUCAAACGUCGGACGAAUGUAGGUUUUCGUACUAUAGUAGACAGUCAUACACAUUCAGCAAAGUUACGUUUCUGUUGAAAGUCUUUCCUGUUUCUAAUCUGUUCAUUAACGGUUGGGUCGUUUCACCGAAUGAUCUCUGAAAAGAGCUCAGAUUGUCACGACGACUCACUCCCGUAUCUAAUAAGUGCCAUUUUCUUCUAUUUUUACCUAUACCCCCUUUCCGAGUGCAAUAAUCUACUCAGCAAUCAGCAAAACACCCAUUUCAGUCCGAUCCCUACGUGUUGGUGUGAUCCCAGAUUGAAACAUAAAAAUCGUCAUCAACUUUUGCGCCUAGGUCAAUCUUACAGUGAAUAACAAUAAAAAACAAAAGUCUGAUCUUUAACUAUAUCUUUAAAUUCUAUCCUACCACACAACAUGGCCGCCUUUAGAUUGCCGUUUGCUCGAUACGAUUUAUGCCAAAUGGCUUCUCAAUUCGAAUGAACGAACCUCCAGGCGGCCAUUUUCAAUUUUAAAUCCAAAAUCUCUUGCUUUAAAGGGAUAACGGAAACGAAUGACACCCCCACAAUAGAGAAAGCAAAUCCAAACAAGUUUAGAAAAAAAAUCAAACAUUAACGACACAGUGAAGUGCACAUUUAGCGAAACAAAACAGCAAAGUACAGUUGAAUUAGCAGAUAAUGACUCAACAAUAGGUAACUUAAUAGGACGAUAACAGUUAGAUACAAUUUUUAAACAGAUCAAAUCAAUCAAGCAAGACAGCCCAGAGAAAAAAAAAAGAUUACAAUAGGGAAUAAAAACAAACGAAAGUGUAGUGAGAGAAAACAGUUUUUAUGGGUUCAAUCGCCAUACCGAAAAAAUAGGGAGAAAGGAUCGUGUAAUGAAAUGCCUUCAACCAACAUUAAACAAAAAGAGACACAAACAAAAUAAACGUAAACAGUGAUAGGAAAAGAACAUAUUAAUCAACCAUAAUCGCAGCAUCGUUAUUGUAAUGUUUUAUUUUAUUCCACUUUUUUCGAACACCUUUUCCGUUGGAAAUCGUUUUACCUACAUGUGCUAAAAUAUCGCAUUUUGACAUUUACGCCGCCAUUUCUAAUUAAUCCCUGUCUACGAAUGCAUUGAAUACACCCAUACACGCACUCACUAGAACACACUCAAACAUUAGUAUUCUAAGAAAAAUAAAACAACACACACACACUCAUGCGCAGGUUUAUCUUCCCCAUAUCUUUAUUAUUGUAGAAUUCACUAGAACUCACACAUCCUCAUUGAAUAACAAAAAAAUACUAAAAAAUCACACUCGUACACCAACACCUUCAAAACAUCGCAUCGGUUGGAUGUGCACAGAAGCACAUCUCACGCAACCAACCGAAACAGAACGUUUUCAUUCUAGUUCACUCUAUCAUUGAUCGAAACAUUUACAAAAAAAGAAAGAAAACAACAUAAUAAUAAAUAAAAAAUAAAAAAAACCAGCAGUGAAACACACAAAACAACUUUUUAAAACGAUGAAUAAACACAGAAAGGAAAGAGUAUAAAUAACACAAAACAACAAAGGUGGGCAAAUGAUCGAUUUGAUAAGGUGUUGAAGCCAAGAUCGGGAUAUAGGAGGAAAAGUGCAUAACAACAACACCAUCAUCAAUUUGCGAACCCGACCCGAAGGUAGCAAAAGCAAAUGACAGAAAACAACAGAAAGCAGCAGGUAAACAUUAGCAGAUGUGAGCGUUAUUACACAGAGAGAGAGAUAGAAAAAAGCAAAGGAAAGCAAAAUAAAACGACAUGAUGCGCAGGAGAAAAAUGAGAAGAAAUGAAAGAGAAAAAAAAUACGCAAAACAUUAGACAGUAAUAGGAAUAUUUAUAAUAAAAAAUUUAUAAAAUGAAA